ACUUGCUUACAGUGGGAUUUCACAUGCCAACUGGACACAACAAAACAGUCAGCUUCCGCCUCGUAAUUUUUUCCAAAAACGCUCUCUCUCACUCUCUCUUCUUUGUUCCUUUUUUGACAUUCUUCUCUUAAUCUCUCUUCUUCAUUGUUCUGUCUUAAAUUUCAUUUGAUCACACAACAUUCCCUAUAAAUUCAAUUGCUGUCUGCACUCUGCUCUUGAUUAGAAUGAUGUUCCUUCCCAUGAUUCGGUUUUUCCUCAAACCGUAUCCAUGCACUCUGCUCUUGCUUCUGCUGACAUGCACUUGCUACCCUUCAUCAGAAGCUUAUGAUCCACUUGACCCAUAUGGAAACAUCACAAUCAAAUGGGAUGUUAAAAGCUGGACAGGUGAUGGUUAUCUUGCUAUUGUUACAAUUUACAACUUCCAACAAUAUCGUCAUAUCUCAGCACCUGGGUGGUCACUAGGAUGGACAUGGGCAAAGAAGGAGGUAAUAUGGAACAUGAUGGGAGGGCAGACCACCGAGCAAGGAGAUUGUUCAAAAUUUAAGGGAGAACAGAUCCCACAUUGCUGCAAAAAGGAUCCAAUUGUUGUAGAUCUACUUCCGGGAACACCUUACAAUCAACAAGUUACAAGUUGUUGCAAAGGUGGUGUCCUCAGCUCAUGGAAACAAGAUCCAAUCAAUGCUGUUGCCUCAUUUCAAGUUGUUGUGGGUAGAGCUGGUACCACAAACAAAACUGUCAAAUUGCCCAAAAACAUCACCUUGAAAGCACCAGGACCAGGUUAUACAUGUGGACCAGCAAAAAUUGUGAAACCCACCCGAUUUAUAACACCUGACAAAAGGAGAGUUACCCAAGCACUUAUGACUUGGAAUGUGACAUGCAUGUAUUCACAAUUUCUAGCUCAGAAAGCUCCUACUUGUUGUGUGUCCCUCUCAUCUUUCUAUAAUGAUACUGUUGUAUCCUGCCCAACAUGUGCAUGUGGCUGCCAAGGAAACUCAUCACAAUCAGGGAACUGCGUAGAUCCAGAUUCGCCACAUUUGGCAUCAAUUGUUUCCAACCCUGGAAAUAAUAGCAUUAAACCUUUGGUUCGAUGCACUAACCAUAUGUGCCCAAUUCGAGUUCACUGGCAUGUGAAGCUAAACUACAAGGAGUACUGGAGAGUGAAGGUCACCAUUACUAAUUUCAAUUACAGGAUGAAUUAUUCUGAUUGGAACUUAGUAGUCCAACACCCAAACUUUGACAAUUUGACCCAGCUUUUUAGUUUCUACUACGCGUCAUUAACUCCCUACGGGGCAAUAAAUGAUACAGCAAUGCUUUGGGGAAUUAAGUUCUACAAUGAUUUACUCAUGCAAGCUGGCCCUCUUGGUAAUGUACAGUCAGAGCUACUUUUCAGAAAGGAUAAGUCAACUUUUACUUUUCAUGAAGGUUGGGCUUUUCCUCGGAGGAUCUAUUUCAAUGGUGACAAUUGUGUGAUGCCACCACCUGAUGCUUAUCCAUGGUUACCUAAUGCCGGUUCGCAGCAAAAGGUUUCCCUACUUGCUUUGAUGUUGACUUUUUUGGUAACCUUGGUAUUUUAUUCCUAUGUUUGAAGUGGGGUACACUCAACUCUGUCCUCUGAAGUUUUCACUUUGACUGGCUUGGACACAAUUUUGGCUUACCAAUUUGGAAUUUGAACCAAGAAGGUGAAUGGCACCCAGUGACAAUUCAAGAACACCUCAAUUGCCCUAUGAUUUAUUACUAAGUUUCUGCACAUGGGGGUGGUUGAAUUUGUUAAUGUAUUGUUCAUGGCUCUCUUUUCUAUUGAAGUAAUGUAUUUAUUUGUCUACAUCCUUAGUUCAAUUGGUAAUGUAGAGUUAUAAGACAUAUUUACAGUAACAAACUCAUGGAAUGAAUGAUAGACUUCAUUAAUUGUAUAUGUAUGUGAGCCAUGAGUUAUUCAGUAUGGCACUGCAGUAACAGCAUCAUGAAUUGAUGAUUCAGACAAA